AUAAGCAUAGCACAACAAUAAAUGUAAGUGAUAAGUAGAAAGUUUAGGGGCGUGGUAUACAGAGGAGUCCCAGAAAGAGUGAAGUAUAAAGGGACGGGGUUAUUUUUAGCAGUAGCAGAAGAAAAAGUAUCAUAACAGAAGAAACCUAUGCUCCUCAAAUUGGAAAAAGCAUGCACAGUGAUGAGCAGAAAGAUUAAAAGGAUGUUUUUGGUAAUUUGAUAACUGUUGCUGAAUUGCAAAACAUCAAGUACAAAGAGGAAAUCUUGGAAGCCUUCAAAGAGAAGGAAAACACACAAACCGGAUGAACCCUAAGAAACCGAAAAUCCUCCUCUGGAUGUUCACAAAUUGAAAAAAGGCUGGAUGUUACACCUUUGUAUGUAUCUCUCGCUCAUACUGACCAGUGCCAUACUAGCAACAAAACUUUCAAAGUGUUCCCGAACUAUGGCGUGUGAGGAUGAAUGGAUUGGAUUAAGAAAAAAGUGUUUCUAUUUUUCCAGUGAUACCAAAAAUUGGACAGCCAGCAAAAGAUUCUGCAGUUCACAGGGAUCAGAACUUGCUCAUAUUGAUACACGAGAGGAUAUGGAUUUUUUGAGGAAGCACGCAGGAACUUCUAUGCACUGGAUCGGAUUGAACAGAAAACAAGGAGAGUCUUGGAAGUGGACCAAUGGCACCAUAUUCAAUCCUUGGUUUGAAAUUAGUGGGAAUGGAUCCUUUGCAUUUCUGAAUGCUGACAGAGUCCGUAGUUCUAGGGGAUUUAUUGAUAUCAAGUGGAUUUGCAGCAAACCUAAGUUUUAAUAGAGCAAAGAACUGAAAAAUGACUGUGGUACAUCUAAUGGCUAUACCGUGGAUUAGGAGAUGAUAGGGAAUGCAUUGCAAAGCAGAACACUGCUUUCUGGCCAUGCUGAAAACAGUUUAUCUAGUUAAUGUAUAUCCAGGGGGGACACUACACUUUUCUCAUCUAGUUAAUGUAUAUCUAGGGGUUAAGUCCUGCGUAUGCUCAAAUUCUUUAGACCAUGGUAUCGCACGGAAUAUUUUAUCCUAUCUUGGCUUGUUUUCUGCACAUUUUUGAUAUGUUCGUUCUGGCACGUAGCCCACUGAUGUAUUGCACAUUGUUUCCCUGAAUGCAUGCUUAAUAAAUAUGGGAGCUUGAGAGCAGCUCCAGGAGACUUCCCUUAGUCUUCCUGUCACCUCUUUUGAUUUGCA